UCCAAUGGAAGCCUUCGUCGCAACCCGGAGGAAACAAUCGACUAUGAUUUAGCUUGAAAAUAGGAACCGAUUUCGUUCGAUGGUGUUAUAAACUGUAUCUUUUCUCAUUAGUCUGGGUCUGCAGUUCUCUCUAUUGUGUUUCUAACCGGCUAAUUUGCCGCUCAGGGCGUCUGUUCGGCCUUGUUUAUACUGUGCAGGACAGCUUGAAUCAGGAAAGCAGGCCCGGUCCUGUGCGAGUUUAACGGCCGUUUUGCUGGUCUGGAGUGUGUUUUGUGCGGAUCGACCCUUUAGCUCACCAAAGAAUAUGACCCAGAUGCAACAAUGACAUCCAGAUUCGGUAAAACCUACAGCCGCAAGGGAGGAGAGGGCACGUCCAAGUUCGACGAGGUUCUGUCCACCAAGAGAGGCACCCUUAGUACCAAAUGGGGUGACACCACCUACAAAGCUAAGGUGGGUUCCAAGCGCAUUGGCGGUCCCAAGAAUGACUCUGUCCUGGGGGUUUACAAGAGGCCCCGUCCGUCCGGAGAUGGCCUGGAGGAUCCAUUUGGAUUUGACAGCGAUGAGGAAUCCAAGCCGGUGUCAUCUCGCAGCGGCAGCAAGUCGUCACCCGCCAAGCCGGCUUCAGCAGAGCCUCCUCAAGCGGAAAGGCCCGGCAUUUCUUUGGACACAGGGAGCAGGUCCAGCCUCCAGGGAGGAUCCCACACUUUGACAUCUGCUAGAGGGGUAUCAUGGCCGGCCAAUGACAGGAACCAGCCCAAAGUGCUGGAGGAUACAGCUCGGUUCUUCAACAGCAGCACUAGCAUAGGAAAGUCCCAGCAGAGUUCCUUGUUGUCGGAGAACCAGCACAGCUACUCGUGGUACCAGAAUGCUUCAGAGAGCGAUAAGAAGCCUCUGGCGCAGACCACCACCCUGAAGACAGGGUCCGAGGCAGAGUCCACCUAUGACUCCUGGGAUGCCAUCAUGGGUCUCCGUCCGCCCUCGCCCAGCCAGGAACCUCGCAACCCCGCUCCCACGCUCUCUUGGGCUUCAGUGGGCAUCCCUGUGGGCAGCUUUGACGUGGGGCAGACGCAACGUGAGAAGCCCCGCUCUCCUCCACGGCUCCAGAGCCCCAGUGAGAGUGAGGACCUAGGGGGCGACUCGGACUUCCUUGUCGAGACAUCAGACUACUCCCAGACAUCCUCCGCUUCAUCACUUAUAAGAAACUCUAACUGUCGGACGUACAGGAGGCCUAACAAACAGGGCUCUGGCAAAGCCUCGGACUCCAGCGGCUCCGCCGGCACUGGUUUUGGCACAGAUCUUCCCCGAGCAACAUCUGACGGCAGUAAUAAGACGACAGGUGGUGGAAGAGGGCGGGGCAGGACGAGGGACUACACAGUGCUGCACCCGUCUUCCAUGUCGAUGUGUAACGUCACCAUCCAGGACCGAGGAGUGGAGGACUUUAGUAGUGAUGCAGCACCCUCUAGUGGUAGCAGUAGUGCCAACUCUGGCACUACGACAGAGCUGGGAGAGGCGGGAUGGCAGCGGAAGAAGACGGAACAACAACAAAACACAAGGUUCAGGCAGACCAAGUCAAAGAAGGACAGUAAGCUGGACCUGUUUGGUUUCGAAGAUGCAGACGCCCAUCAGGAGGACAACAGCACAGAAAACACGGACAGCGGAUCCAGUUACAAGAUCAAAUACUUUGGCUUUGAUGACAUGAGUGACAGCGAUGGCGCAGAUGAUGACGAUGACAGGUCUAAAGAGAGGAGGAGGGCCAAGAAGGCUGCGGUCGCCAAGGGAACCCCGGUGGUUACCAUGGAAGAAAUCCCAGAUCACGAUCCGCCGGAUCCCUUUGAGAAGCUGGAGAUCCGGGAAAGACCACCAGUCAAGGAGAACAAGAAGAACUCUGAGAGGCAGGAAAGCAGGAUACGAGCAGACGUCCUGGACUUCUCAGAGGACAGCCUCAGAGUGUUGGCCAGGGCUCCCAGAAGGCCGCCUCAGGGCAAACCGGUCGAGAAGAACCCAGACUCCUUCCGGAGGAUCUUCAGCGCACACAAGAAGUCGCCAACCAAAGCUGUGUACAACGCCAGACACUGGACGCUGGAGAGUGAAGAGGAGCCCCCUCCACCUUUCUUCUCACGAUCACAGACCUCUCCUGCACCAGUCUCAGCGGGCGGGUCCAGUAAGGAGCCCUCCGAUGCUCAGAAGGACGACAGCGUUUUUAAGGCUCCUCCCCCUCCUCCCAAGGUCACCAAGUGUGUCACCGUCCCCACAGAUCUCUACCAGGACACCGUCACCGCACUCAAAUGCCGCAAGGAGCACAAGGAGCUGUAUACAGUCGUCCAACAUGUGAAGCACUUCAAUGACGUGGUGGAGUUUGGAGAGAACCAGGAGUUCACUGAUGACUUUGAGUAUCUGGCUACUGGUCUGAAAAGUGGACAACCUCUCAACACACGCUGCCUUAGUGUGAUCAGCCUGGCUACGCGCUGUGCCAUGCCCAGCUUCAGGAUGCACCUCAGGGCCAGAGGAAAGGUGGCUCAGGUCUUCAAAACUCUCAAUGAUGCCCCACAACACCCGAACCUGGCUCUGUGUACGGCGUCUCUGAUGUACAUCCUCAGUAGAGACCGGUUGAACAUGGAUCUGGACCGAUCAUGUCUGGACCUAAUGAUUCGGCUGCUGGAGCUGGACCAGGACCAGGGGGGCGGGGCUGGGACAGACUCCACCGUCCUGUUCAGCGCCAGGGAAAUCGCCAAGAUGAAGGAGAAGAUCAGGAAGCUCUGCGACACCGUGCACAACAAGCACCUGGACCUGCAGAACAUAACGACGGGUCAUUUAGCCAUGGAGACAUUACUGUCUCUGACUUCAAAGCGAGCAGGAGACUGGUUCAAAGAGGAGCUUCGGCUACUGGGAGGACUGGACCACAUAGUAGAUAAAGUGAAGGAGUGUGUUGAUAACCUAAACCAGGAGGAUGAUAAGGAGAAGCUGGUGUCUUCUCUGUGGGGAGCUGAGAGGUGUUUACGGGUGUUGGAGAGUGUGACAGUCCACAACCCAGAGAACCAGAGCUACCUGAUCGCAUACAAAGACUCAUCACUCAUCAUCUCCUCUGCAAAAGCGCUGAGCAGGUGUGAGGAGAUGAUCCAGCGUUACAGCAGGGAGCUGAACUCAGACGGAGCUGUGGUGGGGAAGGCAGUGGAGGACUGUAUGAGGGCCAUUAUUGGAGUCCUGCUCAACCUGACGCAUGACAACGAGUGGGGCAGUACAAAGACAGGAGAACAGCAGGAUUUAAUAGUGACGGCCCUGAACUGCGUUCUCAAAGUUCCUCAGUAUCUCCCACAAGAGCAAAGGUUCGACAUCCGAGUGCUGGGUCUGGGGCUGCUUAUCAACCUGGUGGAGUACAGUGCCAGGAACAAGUACUGUCUGAUGGAGAUGGAGAUGGAGGGAGGUCAGGGUCCCUGCAACUCCACCGUCCUGCUGAACCCCCAGCACCAGGACAUCACCAGCACCGGCCCACUGAGCGCCAUCGCGGCACUCGUACAGCUGUUCCUCCAGCGGGAGCGGGCCGCCGUGCUGGCCGAGGCGCAGACAGACGACCUCAUCAAGGAAGCGCCGAAGCCCGCGCUGGACCAGAGCGGGGAGUGGCAGGAGACGGGCGGGGAGAUCCAGUGGGUCGCCAACGACAACAACAAUGACUCUGACAGACAAGAUGCCGGCAAGAAGAAGGAGAAGGACGAGGAGGACGAAGAGCUGGACCUCAACAAAGCUCUGCAGCAUGCAGGGAAGCACAUGGAGGACAGCAUUGUGGCCUCCUACACAGCACUGCUGCUGGGCUGCCUGUGUCAGGGGAGCCCGUUGAAUGUGACUACUGUGAGGGAGAACCUGCCAAAAGGAGAUUUCUCCAUCAUGACAGAAAUGCUGAAAAAGUUCCUCAACUUCAUGAACCUCACUUGUGACGUCGGCACCGCAGGACAGAAGUCCAUCGCCCGGAUCAUUGACUAUCUGGAGCACUGCUAGAGAGAAGCCUGUCUCUACACACACACACACACACACACACACACACACACACACAAACACACACCAACCAUCCCCUUCAUCUUUGUCAGCAUCCUUCAUCAUCACCUCUUGACUGUGGUUCACUGCUGGAUAAAGGCAUGUUUCCUUCCUCUAACACACACACACACACACACACACAGACACACACACACACACAUCCUCAUCAUCUUCCUCUCCGUGUCAUGACCAGGUGUCCUCCUCAUCCUCCAGUUAAAAGAACUUUCCUCUGUUUAUUUUACGGUGUCAGCACUGGAAAAGUCCGACAUGUUUCCCUAAAUUGACUUCAGAUGAACUGAACUUGAUUCUGAUUUGACGAUGAGUGGCACCCCCGCCCCAGCUGUGAUCAGAUUUUAUUUUAUUUUUAGUAAAGAUGCAGUCCAAGUCAGUAUUUCUUCUUUCAGUUUUUCCUUUGAGAGUUCCCUCACAGCUCAGCCCCUCUCUCACCUGCCCACCCCCCCUCUCUUGUGAAAACACUCUGCCUUUGUAUCGAUCUCUGACAGAUUGGAGUGGAGCUGCUAUUUUCUCCAGCCUGUCAUCAAAGCCUUGCCCCCCCUCAGCUCUGCCUCUGGAGCCGAUAAUCGCCAAAACAACUCCAUUGGUUAAAAAACAACAACUACUGACCAGAAUAACUGCUUUACACGCCGUGUUCUUCUUCGUCUUCUCUUUUUGCUGCUUUGACUCUCGACUCUGGCGGAAGGAGGCGGCUUUAGGCAGAUAAAUCUAAAAUAUUGAUCUUUUCUGGCCCAGGAGCACAGAAAUAGCAAGAGUUCAGACCCUGAAUUGCAGGCUGUUGUGAGGUUUAGGUGGUAUUUUAAGGUGGAACUGCCUGGAAAUGUCUGCAUGAGGUCUGUUUUUAGGUGUUUUUCAUCUGUACAGAAGCAGAAGUUUUCUGUCUUUGGAAGAAAGAACUUUUGUUCCCCUUCAACCUCUGAGGCAAACCAGCUGAUUUUAAAUUGGUUGUUCUUCUUGUGCCAUUAUCAAAACCGGUGUUUCUCCCAGCAUGCCAAGCGCACUCUAGUCAGCCAGCACCCAACAACACACCAGAGACAAAACCGAAUGACCCUCAAGGUCGUUCAAACUCUGAAAACUUUAAAAUGACUGCCCACCCCCCCAAAAGCAGAAACUUUUUCCUUUCAAAGAAUCGAUCGCCCUCUCACUCGACAUCAAAGCUUUACGUCUCUGCAGGACCUCAGCGCUCCAGACCAGAACCUGUCCUCUUCCAGGUCCUUUCCAUUUACCGCCCACGUGUGCGCUCAGCGCUCGGAGAAGAGCCUUCAAUUACAGCACAAAGGCGGCCCAAACGCCCCAGAUGGAGAGGUGAAGACGAGCGGCUUUCCUUUUGUUUGAACACAACCACCAGCAGAGAGGCUUUCAGACAUCGAGUCGCCACUUUUUCUUCCUGUUCGGUUGUUUUUAGGCAGAAAAACUUCAGCUGUGGUUGUCAAAUCUCAACAUUCACAGUUUGGAGUUACUCUUCAUGGAAGAAUCCUCCCUGAUCCAAUCUGUCCAACACAUCACGCAAGGACUUUUCCUCUGUCGUGCUGUUUUUUUACGUUUCCCUUAGCCCAUGUUGUCGUUCCCAGAAUGCAUUUCAGCAUCACCGAGAGGAGAGCGCGCAGUCGGAAAUGUGUAAAUUCUAAAAUUAGACGGUUUCCCUUCUGGUGGAUUUUUUUGUCCUGCAUAAUGAUCGUCGACUCAAAGGAAUUCAGAGCUUUUCUUUUUCUUCAUCAGUGCGCAUAAAAAAACCCCAAACUUGUGUGUUGUGAAAAUCACUUUGGCUGGUGUUUAUCCCCCCCCAGCAUCAUGCUUAGAAAUGCUUGUAAAUGUUAAGUUAUUAAUAAAGGGGUCUUACAGUAAUGCAGCUGUAACUAGUUAAAACAGUUUUAUUAAAGGUUAGUUUUUUUGGUCAAACGCCAAAACACUGACUCCGACGUGUCCCAUAAUGCAAUUGGACAGCGCCAUUCAUCAGACAAACCACACACCUCAUGAGAUCAUCAGUUUCACAGGCUGAGCAGCACAUGACGGGAAACUGAACUUUCCGAUCACCAAUAAUGCUGCGAUGAAGACGAGCGGGUGGGCUGAAACGCAGGAGGACAUUUAGAAGGGAUGUCAAAGAGAAACUUCAGAAAUAAUCCAUGGUACUUAGUUUUUAGGAUUCUGUGAUUGACUUUCCAAACAGAGAACAACAAUAAUGGCGUUUGCCGAAGUAAAUUGAGGUUUUGACACUUUUCCGAAAAACAUUGUUAUAUGUUCAUUUUUUUGUAUCGCCUGACACCUUCUGAGCAAAAUCCCAUCUUAAAGCUUUUUGUUUGAAUUAAUCAUUUAACUUCUCAGAAGUAUUUUAACGUCUGGGCAGAAAAACGAGUGUAUGUGUCUCUGUGUUCCCCCAGAAAGUCUCAGAAGUCCUGCAGAUAUUUCGUUUCUAUGCUCUUUGGUGUCCAGGGUGGGACACACAUGUCGUCUUCUCUUUGAUUUGCUGUUCAGAUUUGGACGUUUAUGACAUAAUUGUCAGUUUUUCUUCUGAAUACAGACAAGUUCUCUUGAAUUUCAUCAGUUGUAAAAGUUGGAAGCACCUGUCAUCAAGCAUGUCCGUUGUGUUAAUGCGUCUGUUCCUCCAUACCACACCGCCACACACACACACACACACACACACACACAGUUUAACCCAUUUUUGUUUUAAGUUUACAAGAGCUUUAUUCACAGACGUCUGGAAGAAUGAAUGGAAGAGCUUUUUGUACAUAGUUUUUGUACAUAGAUUGAUUUCCUCAUGUAGGAGGAGAGACUGAUGGGUAAUGGGGGGGUUGGGAUUCGGGGUGGGGUGGGGGGUGAAAUUUAAAUUUAGACCUGUAGACUCGAAUUUUCUGAAUCUGACUCUAUUUUUCAUUUUCUAAAGCCUUUUCUCCCAGUCGUGUUGUUGUUUUGGACAGACAGACAGAGAGCUUCUUAACAAGCCAACUGCAGGAAAACUUGAUCUUUGUACCAAUUUGCAGACUGAUGUCUUUGGUUACCUGUACAUAAUUUUAAAAUAAUAAAAAUUGCUACUUUCA